AUGAUGAUUACCUGUGUAAGUAACCCUUUAGCACAUCCACAAAGCUGUGAUACUCAUGGACCCCCAGUGUUUCUAAAGGACAACCCAGUGGAUAAGGGACAUCCUAGUCCGGUUUUCCUCAGUGUGCCCACUGGACUUAGAAUUGGCCCAUCCAGCAUUCCUGAGGCUGGGCUUGGAGUGUUUAAUGAAACAUCUGAUCUGCCACUGGGUUUGCACUUUGGUGCUUUUGAGGGCGAGAUCAUAGAAGUGAAACAGCAAUCCAACAGAUGGCACAGCUGGCAAAUAACCUACAGGAGAAACAGCUAUGAGUACAUGGAUGGUAAGGAUACUUCUUUGGUCAACCUGAUGAGGUAUGUGAACUGUGCCCGGAAUGAUGAGGAGCAGAAUUUGGUGGCCUUCCAAUACCACAGACGGAUAUUUUACCACACCUGCCAAGUCAUCAAACCAGGCUGUGAACUUCUAAUAUGGUAUGGGGACGAGUAUGGAAGGGAGCAUGAGUAUCAAAGGAAGCAGUGGGAAGAAAAAGAAGGGAAGAAAAAGGAAGAACUCACAACACUGAGAGGCAUAGCCAAGGAUGAGGAGGAGGAUGAGUGGGCUCUCUUUGGCGGCAGUGUCUUUUAA